AUGCACGCCGUGCGCAUCGCCCGCGCUCGGCUCUGCUUGCACCGCAGGUGGCCAAGUGCAUUGACGGGCACGUCUCCGGACGUCUUUCGUUGCUUGCUGGUUUGGCCCCUGAAGCCACGGCGCCCGCUCCCCGUCGUCCAACCCCGCGCAAGAAGUCGCGCUGCGUCGUCGUCGAACUGCCGUUCAAUUAAUACACAAUACCGCGGCGUAUCGAAUCUGGCUGCAGACCAGCGCACUGUGCGCUCGUCGCUCUUGCAAAGCACACCUCCUCUCGCGACGCCGCCCACCCCAACAACACCACCCAGCCCUCAGAGAGUGGCGCGCGCGCGCGCACUCGCCACUCUCCCGUGCGCGGUCCACUCCCUCCCACUCCCUCCGCCCAUUUCCGCACUCCAGUACCAGCCACACCACAUGCGCCACAUACUCAGACACCUCAAACUCGAACCGAAAAGCACGGGGCGCACAGACCAAGCUUGA